UCGCACACUAGCUCCUCUCUCUUCUGCCCUUUCUGGUGAAAUAUUUAGCUAAUUGCUUUCAACAAUGUUGUUUUUUAAAUAUUACCGAAGUCUAAGACUCUUCAAUUUCGUAUGUCUAAAAAAAUAUCAAACUUUUUCAGCAGUAAAAUUGUUCAAAUUUAACUCUGCGUUUACACGAUUUUUAACGCAGUCACAAACUGAAGUACAACAACAACAUAUUUAUAAUCAUCGCCUUUCUUGGAAUGACAUAAACAUCAAUGGUUAUGAUGUAACAAAUGCUUUUAUUCGUUUUAAAUAUAUGCGUUUGAUUAAGUCUGCAAUUAAGGAAGGUGGCCCAAUACUUGAAGAAAAUAAAAAGUUGCAAUCUCUUCUUCAAAAUGCUGUUAAGCAAAAUUUGCCCUCUGAAUUCAUUGACUUUGCCAGGAGGAUAUCUGUUGAUUUGCGUACCAAAGUUGGACUAUUUGAGUUUCAACUUGGCAAAGGUAGCCAUUUCAUCAUUCAAUAUGAAGAUAUAGACCAGGGGAUAACAAAGCAUCAUUUGCUGGACUUGUGUGAAAGCUGUGAAGCUACAUUGAUUCAGAAGGAUGUGAAAUGGCCUCAAGUUUUUGAGCAAAAAGGCCUUUUAUCUGUGAAUUGUGAAUCAAACCCUAAUUUAAGUAACAUAGCAGAAGCAGAAAAUAUAGCAUCAAAAAUAGGAGCUGAAUACGUGUGUGAAGAAAUUGACCCUGAAGGACUACAAUACUGGAAGUUCUUUUGUGAUCCUUGGGCAUUGCAUGAGGUGAAGCGACAUCUUCAAGAGUUUGUAAAAGACAUUGACGAAGUAUAUGUGGGGUUUUACCCAAAAAAUCGAGUCAUCCUCCCUGAAAUUGUGAAGAACAAUGCUUGUAAAAUGAUAGUGGGAUUGAGUGAAAUACCCACCGUCAGUCAUAUUUAUGAUAACAUUACACUUACAAAAUAA